CUUCGCUUGUCCUCCCUCUGGCCGCGCAGAGAAGGCAGCGGGUCCCGUGACCGCGCAGAGCCCCCCGCGGGGGCGGCAAGAGCCGGGGACGGCGAGGAAGGCGGGGCGCGUGGGAAGAAAGGGGGUUUUGUGCGGCGCCCGGCGGGCUGGCGCCCCCGUCUGCGUCCCGCGCGCCCGGCCCUGCUCACGCCUUCGCAUUGCGCCGCAGUCUCAGCCCUGACUGCAGGACGCGCGGUGUGCGUAGGGAACCUCGCAAGUUAAGAAAACACAGGCUCAGGGACAGUGAGUUGACUGGGGACACCUCUUGGUACUAUGGAGAAAGGGAUCAGAAACAGAGUUCUUCCAUCAGUUAGCAGCAUGGUCCCACUGCUUCUGUCCCUACUGGCGGCCCUUGUCCUGACCCAGGCCCCUGCAGGCCUCGCUGAUGACUUGAAAGAGGACAGCUCAGAGGACCGAGCCUUCCGCGUGCGCAUUGGCGCCUUGCAGCUGCGGGGUGUGCUAGGCGGCGCUCUGGCUAUCCCUUGCCACGUCCACCACCUGCGGCCACCACCCAGCCGCUGGGCCGCGCCGGGCUUUCCCCGGGUCAAGUGGACCUUCCUAUCCGGGGACCGCGAGUCGGAGGUGCUGGUGGCUCGCGGGCUGCGCGUCAAGGUAAACGAAGCCUACCGGUUCCGCGUGGCAUUGCCCGCCUACCCCGCAUCGCUCACGGAUGUGUCUCUAGUAUUGAGCGAGCUGCGGCCCAAUGAUUCCGGGGUCUAUCGCUGCGAGGUCCAGCACGGUAUCGACGACAGCAGUGAUGCUGUGGAGGUCAAGGUCAAAGGGGUCGUCUUCCUCUACCGAGAGGGCUCUGCCCGCUAUGCUUUCUCCUUUGCCGGAGCCCAAGAAGCCUGUGCUCGCAUAGGUGCCCGAAUCGCCACCCCUGAGCAGCUCUAUGCUGCCUACCUCGGUGGCUAUGAGCAGUGUGAUGCUGGCUGGCUGUCCGACCAGACUGUGAGGUACCCCAUCCAGAACCCACGAGAAGCCUGCUAUGGAGACAUGGAUGGCUACCCUGGAGUCCGGAACUAUGGAGUGGUGGGACCUGAGGAUCUCUAUGAUGUCUACUGUUAUGCUGAAGACCUAAAUGGAGAACUGUUCCUAGGUGCCCCUCCUGGAAAGCUAACGUGGGAGGAGGCUCGGGACUACUGUCUGAAACACGGUGCCCAGAUUGCCAGCACAGGCCAACUGUACGCAGCCUGGAAUGGUGGCCUGGACCGAUGCAGCCCUGGCUGGCUGGCCGAUGGCAGCGUGCGCUACCCCAUCAUCACACCCAGCCAACGCUGUGGUGGGGGCCUGCCAGGAGUCAAGACCCUUUUCCUCUUUCCCAACCAGACUGGCUUCCCCAGCAAGCAGAACCGCUUCAAUGUCUACUGCUUCAGAGACUCUGCCCACCCCUCUGCCUUCUCUGAGGCCUCCAGCCCGGCCUCUGAUGGACUAGAGGUCAUUGUCACAGUAACAGAGAAGCUGGAGGAACUGCAGUUGCCUCAGGAAACUAUGGAGAGCGAGUCUCGUGGGGCCAUCUACUCCAUUCCCAUCAUGGAGGAUGGGGGAGGAGGAAGUUCUACCCCAGAAGACCCAGCAGAGGCCCCUAGGACUCUUCUAGAACCGGAAACUCAAUCCAUUGCACCACCUACCUGGUCCUCAGAAGAGGAAGAUGUAGCCCCGGAGGAAGAAGAAAGGUUCAAAGACACAGAGGCUCCAGAGGAAGAGAAGGAGCAGGAGGACCUGUGGGUGUGGCCCAGAGAGCUCAGCAGCCCUCUCCCCACAGGCAUGGAAACAGAGCAAUCAUUCUCCCAGGUGUCCCCACCAGCCGGGGCAGUUCUGCAGCUGGGGGCAUCACCUUCUCCCAGGCCUCCAAGGGUCCAUGGACCACCUGCAGAUAAUUUGCUUCCCCCAAGGGAGGGGAGUCUCACAUCCACUUCAGAUGGGGCAAGAGAAGUAGGGGAGGAAACUGGGAGUCCUGAGCUCUCUGGGGUUCCUCGAGAGAGUGAAGAGGCAGGGAGCUCCAGCUUGGAGGAUGGCCCUUCCCUACUUCCAGUUACAUGGGCCCCUGAGGGUACCAGGGAUCUGGAGACCCCCUCAGAAGAGAAGUCUGGAAGAACUGUUCUGGCAGGGACCUCAGUGAAGGCCCAGCCAGUACUGCCCACCGACAGUGCCAGCAGAGGUGAAGUAGCUGUGAUCCCCUCAUCAGGUGACUGUAUCCCCAGCCCCUGCCACAAUGGUGGGACAUGCUUGGAGCAGAAGGAGGGUUUCCGUUGCCUGUGUUUGCCAGGCUAUGGGGGGGACCUGUGCGAUGUUGGCCUCCACUUCUGCAGCCCUGGCUGGGAGGCCUUCCAGGGUGCCUGCUACAAGCAUUUUUCCACACGAAGGAGUUGGGAGGAGGCGGAAAGCCAGUGCCGAGCGCUAGGUGCUCAUCUGACCAGUAUCUGCACCCCUGAGGAACAGGACUUCGUCAACGAUCGCUACCGUGAGUACCAGUGGAUUGGGCUCAAUGACAGGACCAUCGAGGGAGAUUUCUUGUGGUCAGAUGGUGCCCCUCUGCUUUAUGAAAACUGGAACCCUGGGCAGCCUGACAGCUACUUCCUGUCUGGGGAGGACUGUGUGGUCAUGGUGUGGCAUGACCAGGGACAGUGGAGCGAUGUGCCCUGCAACUACCAUCUAUCCUACACCUGCAAGAUGGGGCUUGUGUCCUGUGGGCCUCCACCACAGCUGCCCCUGGCUCAAAUAUUUGGUCGCCCUCGGCUUCGCUAUGCAGUGGACACUGUGCUUCGAUAUCGGUGCCGAGAGGGACUGGUCCAGCGCAACCUGCCGAUGAUCCGCUGUCAGGAGAAUGGGCUUUGGGAGGCCCCUCAGAUUUCCUGUGUGCCCCGAAGGCCUGCCCGUGCUCAGCGCUCAGUGCAGAAGGAUCACGGGGACAGUUCUGGAAGCAUGGGAAGGCAUCUCUCUUCAGUCUCUAGGAAGUAGGCCUGGAACAAGGCUGCCCUCAGCAAGGCCCUCUCACUUCAACUGCCUAUGCUCUUCCCAUUACAUGGAGUGACUUGAGGGAGGUGGGACUGGAAUUCAAAGAACAGUGCCUGAAGGGGUUUCUGGGAAACACUUGAGUGGCUCGCCCAGCCUAGGCCCUGUCUCGUCCCACCCCACCCAACCCACCCCAUACAUGGGCCUCAGGUUUUACCCUCAGGACAACGGGUAAGUUCCUAAGUGCCUCAACUGUCCUCUCAUGUCAGCUGUGUCUUUGUCCUUCAAUUUCUUUUGGGGACACUGCUACUCAUUCUUGAUUUUCUACAGGUUUGCAGGGCGGAGGGCCAGCAAAACCAGAUGGAAAUAAAGUUGUUUAAAC